GCCGGCCGCACCGGAAGUGGCAACUGGGCGGCGCGCAUGGCGGCGGCGAUGGCGGCGGCCGGCUGCGCGGGGGCUGGGGCGUCCCGCUCCCUCUCCCGCUUCCGAGGCUGCCUGGCCGGCGCGCUGCUCGGGGACUGCGUGGGCGCCGUGUACGAGGCGCACGACACCGUCCCCCUGACGUCAGUGCUGCGUCACGUGCAGAGCCUGGAGCCCGAGCCGGGCUCGCCGGGCAGCGCGCGGACAGAAGCUUUGUGCUACACGGACGACACGGCCAUGGCCAGGGCCCUGGUGCAGUCCCUGCUAGCCAAGGAGGCCUUCGACGAGGUGGACAUGGCUCACAGGUUUGCUCAGGAGUACAAAAAAGACCCUGACCGGGGCUACGGCGCCGGGGUCAUCACCGUCUUCAAGAAGCUCCUGAACCCCAAGUGUCGCGAUGUCUUCGAGCCCGCACGCGCCCAGUUCAACGGCAAGGGCUCCUAUGGCAACGGGGGUGCCAUGCGGGUGGCCGGCAUCUCCCUGGCCUACAGCAGCAUCCAGGACGUGCAGAAGUUUGCCCGGCUGUCGGCCCAGCUGACCCACGCCUCCUCCCUGGGCUACAACGGCGCCGUCCUGCAGGCCCUGGCCGUGCACCUGGCCCUGCAGGGCGAGUUGUCCAGCGAGCGCUUCCUGGAGCAGCUGCUGGGCCACAUGGAGGAGCUGGAGAGCGACACCCAGUCCAUCUCGGACGCCAGGGACCUGGGCAUGGAGGAGCGCCCCUACUCCAGCCGGCUGAAGAAGGUCGGGGAGCUGCUCGAGCAGGCCUCGGUGACCAGAGAGGAUGUGGUAUCCGAGCUAGGGAACGGCAUCGCUGCCUUUGAGUCGGUGCCCACAGCCAUCUACUGCUUCCUGCGCUGCAUGGCGCCUGACCCCGAGAUCCCGCCCACCUUCAACAGCCUGCAGAGGACGCUCGUCUACUCCAUCUCCCUCGGAGGGGACACAGACACUAUCGCCACCAUGGCCGGGGCCAUUGCUGGGGCCUACUACGGCCUGGAGCAAAUCCCAGAGAGCUGGCAGCAGAGCUGUGAGGGCUACGAGGAGACAGAUGUCCUGGCCCAGAGCCUGCACCGGGUCUUCCAGAAAAGUGUGUGAAGGCCACUGGCUGGGGCCUCCCGGUCUCCAGCAGGACCAAGUACAGCCCUGCCGGCAGCCCUGACAUCAUGUGGGCUUGGCUCCCCUCCCCCUGUCUUCCUGCAGCUGCCGGGUGCAGAGGGCACUCUGGGGUGGGUCUGGGGCGGGGAGGGCGCUGGAGCCACAGGGGAGGGGCACGGCCUCCCUGGGGCUGUGUUGGACUUGCAGAGGAUCAGACUUUCCCUGUGGCGCCCGAGGGCAGGUUUUAUUUUGGAGGAUCCGUGGGGUAGUUUCCUUUUAUCCAGGACCUGGGGUUGGGGUAGCAGCAUCAUGAUGUACUCACAUCAUUUUUGAUGGUUGGGAUUUAGCCGUUUGGGCUGGGCCCCUACAGAGCACGCGCGUGUGGAUCCAGGAGAUGGGGCCCCGGACUCUGGCCCGUCUGGAUCCACACGUGGCCUUGGCUGUCCUAGGGCUGGUUCACAGCAGCCAGCGGGAGGUGCAGCAAUAAACGGUUUCCUAUGAACCUCAUCCGUUUCCUGUUCUCUGCCCAGUGGGUUCUCCCACCCAGCACCAUGACCUCCGUGCCCACUGCCUUCCAGGACUGUUCUCUCCUCGGUGCUGGGGCUUCUGGAGGCGCCCCUGCUGUCAGCACGUUACACGUCUUCCAGCCCCUGCCCUGGGCCCCAGCUGGCACAGUGAGCUGGGAGAGGCAGGGCUGGCCUGGUUGGGCAUUUCCAGCUGGAGGCCCCCGGAGUGGCCCCAGCAGUGCGCUGGAACUCACCAGACUUUCCCGUGCCAGGGCCUGACUACUUCAUAGUUCCCCCUGCGGCCAGGAACCGAAUGCCCCGUAGGACGGAGGCAGCACUCACCAGAUGCCACCGCGCACGUGUGCGGGCAAGGACACAUCUUCUCAGGGGCUCAAGCAGACUGAAAGCUGGGAGCCUCGUCCUCCCACAGGGCCCAGAAACGGCCUGUGGCCCACCAGGAGCUUCUGUGGACAGUCCCUUUCAACAGAAGGGCCAUCGGCCAGAGCCAUAGUACAGAGCCUCCUGAGCCUGGCGUUACAGAGCUGGAACCGGAAGAGCGGGCAGGAGGGGGAUGGCCCUGAGCCCUGCGGAGGAGCAGCCCGCCCAGUUGCGUGUGCCUUGUUCUGAGGUGGUGCUCAGCGCUUCUUCCUGGCUGGACACUCAGGGAUCAAUCCUGAUGGGCUCAGGGGUGCCAGGCAUGGAACCUGUGUUGGCUGCAUGCAAGGAAGGUGCCCUCCCACUGCACUAUGGCUCCGGCCCCCUCAAGGCCCCUUGAGCCUGCUCUGUGUCUGCGUCUCCAGCCACAUCACCCGUCACUCCUUGCUCUGCUCACACACACACCACGCCCAGAAACCCAGAACUCCUUUCAGAUCCCUGACACCAGCAGCUGCACACCUGUGACAGACCCCCUUCAGCACAGCCUCCGGGGCCUGGGCAGUUGGCACCCUUUCAGAGUCUACACAGUGAACCCCGUCUUCCUGUGUGGCCUCCCUCACCUGGUGCUGCUGUUGCAUCUAGCUCAAGAACAAGACCUGUGAGUGAGUCUGACCAGCCAGCCCAGAUCACCAGCUGGAGGAGGUCCAGUGGGCAGUCCAGAAGGUAACUGUGAGCCUCAGUUACCUUCUCUGUAAAAUGGGCUUGCACAUGCACAAACAAAUGUAUAUGUGCACUGUCCAUCACAGAUUUCUAACAGGCAGAAAGCGGAAUGACACAAGGGGACAUCCGCUUAGAAAGUAUGUGUAUUGUCUGCAGUGCCAAGGAGCCUCCUAGGUAAGAAGCAACAAUGACCGUUUGAUCAAGGCUAUACCACAGGUAACUCUUGGAAACCCUGUGCUGAGAAGCCCAACACCAAACCACAGCAGAGGGACAGGAAGCUAGCUCAUGUUUCACGGAUACAAGGCCUGGGACUCAGGCCCCCACACCACAAAAAGGACAAAACAGGAGCCAGAGCAAUAGCAUAGCGGGUAGGGCGUUUGCCUUGCACGCAGCUGAUCCAGGUUCGAUCCCCAGCAUCCCAUAUGGUCCCCCGAGCACCUCCAGGAAUAAUUCCUGAGUGCAGAGCCAGGAGUAACCCCUGAGCAUCGAUGGGUGUGACCCAAAAAGCAAAAAAAAAAAAGAAAACAAAAGGACAAAACAAAACUUACUCUAGGGGCUGGAGCGAUAGCACACUGGGUAGGGCAUUUGCCUUGCACUCGCCGACCCAGGUUUAAUUCCCAGCAUCCCAUAUGGUCCCCUGAGCACUACCAGGAGUAAUUCCUGAGUGCAUGAGCCAGGAGUAAGCCCUGAGCACUGCUGGGUGUGACCCAAAAAGAAAAAAAAAGAAAACUUAUUCUAGAAUCCUAUUUAAAUGCAUGAAGUGGGGGCUGGAGCGAUAGCACAGCAGGUAGGGCAUUUGCCUUGCACACAGCCGACCCAGGUUCGAAUCCCUGGAGGCCCGUACAGGGUUUCAGCAGAGGACAGUGGUCUGAUGGCUGCACAGCUGUGUGAAUACAGGAACCGGGGCUGGGGGGUGGAGGAACGCUCGGCAGGCUGAAGGCCCAGGCUCAGUCCCCAGAACCACAUGAUCCAACAACAAGGCCAGGAGUGAACCUCCCCACCGCCCCAGUACCAACCUCGUGCACUGCAGAGUGCAGCCCCCAAAUGAGAACAAAGCCACCACUGCAGGCUGGAGAUAGGGCUCACGUGUGAGACACGCUCACACGAGGAAACGCCAAAAAGUGUUUGUGUGAAAAUGGGAACCAGAGAGAGCACCGCGGGCAGGGUGCUCACCUUGCAUGAGGCUGACCUGGGUUAGAUCCCCACCAGGAAGGAAACACUCCUCUGACAUCACUCCCAGCAGUGCUGUAGGGGCAUAAGUGAAGCCAGGGACUGAACCAGGCUCAGCCAUGUGCAGGGCAAGCACCUUAGCCUCUGUACUGUCUCUCAGGCCCUGAAGACAUCGUUUUUAAAAGCCUGGACUAGAGUCGGAGUACAGCAGGUAAGGCACUUGCCUUGCACGCAGCUGACCCACGUUUAAUCCCUAGUAUCCCAUAUGAUCCCCGAGACCGCCAGGAGUGAUUUCCAAGUGCAGAGCCAAGAGUAACCCCUGAGCAUUGCUGGGGAUGACCCCCACCCAAAAUUUUUCUAAUUAAAAAAAGCCUGGGGCUGGAGCGAUAGCACAGCGGGUAGGGCGUUUGCCUUGCAUGCGGCCGACCUGGGUUCCAUUCCCAGAAUCCCAUAUGGUCCCCCGAGCACCGCCAAGAGUAAUUCCUGAGUGCAGAGCCAGGAGCAACCCUGUGCAUCACCGGGUGUGACCCAAAAAGCAAUAAAAAUAAAA